AUCAGUCAACAUUAUGUCAGUAACGCUAAACUUAGCAAACUCAAUUGUUUACAUAUUCUAGUCUUGGUAAUUGUUGUGUUUUUUAACAUAAGUACAAGUUUCUUAAUUAAACCAAAUAAUAUUUCGAGUAUUUGAAUUUAAUAAGGUCUACAAUCAGCAAGACUUGCAAAUUUAUUUAAAAUUUUUCAUUUAACCUUGACUCACAUUAAGAAACGAGACAGUGCAAGAUGAGCAUCAAAGAGACGAUUAUUGAGACUAGUCAAGGUGGUAUAAAAAUUGUUCAAUAUAACAAGCCCAAGAAGAAGAAUGCCAUUGAUGGAGUGAUGUAUCGCCGAGUAAUUAGCAUACUGAAUGAUGCUGCCACAGAUGACUCUAUUUCUGUAAUGGUUCUCACUGGAACAGGAGACUUUUAUAGCAGUGGAAAUGACUUCUCAGCUCCAACGGACCCUAAUGAUGACACGGGCAAACACUUAAAUGUUCUUAAAGACUAUAUUAAAGCAUUUAUAAUGUUCCCAAAAAUACUGGUUGCUGUUGUAAAUGGGCCAGCCAUUGGUAUUGCAGCUACAACAUUAGCACUUUGUGACUUGGUAUUUGCCUCUGAAAAUUCAUAUUUCUACACUCCUUUCACUAAGUUGGGAAUUGUGGCUGAAGGAUGUUCAACAUUCACUUUUCCUAGAAUUCUAGGAGAUAAAAAGGCAAUGGAAAUGUUACUCUGUAACUACAAGAUGCCUGCAAAAGAAGCAUUAGAGUAUGGGUUUAUAAACUAUAUUUAUAAGCCAGAGGAGCUUCAAAGCAAGGUUUGGGAUAAAAUAGCUGAAGUGUCAAAGCUCCCAAAGUACAGUGUCACAGCCACUAAGAAGCUGUUGAGGGAUACAGUCAGGGAAGAGCUGUUACAAGCCAAUGAAAAGGAAAUGGAAGAACUCAAUAUUAUUUGGGCUAAAGGAUACAAAAGUAAACUAUGAGUAUUCUUACAGUAACAAAUUAAGCACAGGGACAUGAGAAUAUUUUAUGUCUAUAGGAUUCUUAGUAGUAAAGAAUUGUGAGAACUUUAAACUACCUACUUAUGUCUUUUUGUGCAAUUUGUAUGAUGUUAUGUAUCAUGUCAUAAUAAUAUAAUUUACAUUAACCACUUGAAUGUCAGUAUGUAAGACAUAAUAGAAAAUAUAUUGUGUCUAUGUAUAUCAACAUUCCAGCAUACCUUAAAAAUGCAUUUAUUAACUGUCUAUAUAGACAAAAAACUAUGGAAAUAUUAAUACUUUUGUAUUUUAUUCAUUAAAUGAUUAUAGUUUAUACUUACCUACACCAUUUAUUAUAAUUUGUUCAAGUAUUAUUAUCUUAUCUUUUGGGCUUGAUUAUGUUAGUUAUUGGUACACUUGUUGGUUCAUUUCUGUUGCCAUGAAAGUAUUUUUUGUAUAUUCUUAAGUAAAACUGAAAUAAAUGUUUUUUUAAAAAGA